AUGACGCUAACCAUAGUUCUGGACGUGGAGGGUAUUCUCUUCAAAACCUCUCUGAGCACUUUGACUUCAGUCAAAGGCAGCUAUUUUGACCGCUUGUUUCACACGGACUGGAAGGAUCGGCUUGACAAACACGGACAUCUAUUCAUCGAUCGAGACUCCACCAUUUUUCCUCUUAUUCUGAAUUAUCUUCGCGAUGGUAGCAUACCUCUGCCAAGGGACGAGUACUAUUUGGAAAGAAUACUUAGAGAAGCCAAAUUUUUCAAUCUUCUUAAUCUUUGCCUCGAUGUCGAAAGGAGAAUUGAGCAAGUAAAUAACAAGAGGCAUGGAGGACCACCAAGAAUCAAUACACAUAGCGGAAACGUUAGUCCAUCAAUAAGCAUACGAUCAGAAACAACAUUUGAUGUAGAUAGAAAACUACCACGGUCACCGCGCGGAUCAUUGGAUGGCUCACUUCCGGAAGCACCAUUGGUCCCUACACGAAGAAGAGGUAAACAGAAAAAGCUUGACUCUAUAAGUUUACCCAGAAACUUUACUCAUGUGGCACAUGUGGGUUGGAACGGAAAUGGAGUAAUUUUCGAUGAGCGCCUUCUUGACAAUCAUAGUACGGUGCAGUCAAUCAUUGAUGCAGCGAAAAAGACAGAUAUUGGUCCUAUUUAUAACGUCGUCAGCAACGAUAAUGGAAACGAUAGAAGCCACGCUGUUGAAGUCAUGUUGGCCGGCUCUCUAAUGCAGACCAAGGAUCCACUCUACACGAAGCCGCAGAAGAAACCGGCCAGAUUGCCGCCAAAGCGACCUCAGCUACCUUCUACCAAUAGUCCUCGAUGA